UUUUGUAGUAAAUUGAAUUUUUGGUUAGAUAAAUCGCGCAAGAUGGCAAAAUUCUAUCAAAUGGCUGUAAUUGUAGGAUCAUGUCGCAUGACCUAUCAUCCGUCUAUGAUUCGGAAUAGAGAUGGAUUGGAUGACUCGCCACCGCCACCGCCGCAAAUGAAACGUGAGUUGCCGUCAAGGAAAAUGUGUCUGGAUGCCCUAAGCCGCACGGAAUACGAUAUACUGAUAAUUGGCGGUGGUGCUGUUGGAUCAGGUUGUGCCCUGGAUGCAGCCACACGAGGUUUAAAGACUGCUCUGGUGGAGGCUGAUGACUUUGGCAGUGGAGCUUCAUCCAAAUCGAGCAAAUUGCUUCAUGGUGGCCUUCGGGACUUGGAGCAGGCCAUUGGUAGACUCGAUUUGGCUGCCUUUCGACGGGUGCGUAGCGCUCUGAGAGAGCGGAGUUUCAUUGCCAACAUGGCUCCGCAUCUGAAUCAACCAGUGCCGCUCAUGUUGCCCGUCCAUCAUUGGUGGCAGACUCCAAUCUAUUGGUUAAAAUUAUCCAUUUACCACAUGAUGGCUCCGAAGGGCAAUAAAACGUUUCACUACAUCUCAUCGGACAAGGCCAUGGAGAUCUUUCCAAUGCUGCGCAAACGCGAACUUUGUGGAGCUUUCGUUUUCUAUGAGGGACAGCAUGAUGAUGCCCGAAUGUGUUUAUCGGUGGCUCUGACCGCCGCCCGCUAUGGAGCGGAUGUCUGUAAUCAUAUGCGUGUGGUGGAGCUAAUCAAGGACAAAAAGUCACCGGAGGGCAAUGUCAUAGGAGCCAAGGCUGUGGAUCAAUUGACUGGCAAACAGUAUAAGAUCAAGGCCAAAAUGGUUAUCAAUGCUACCGGCCACCUCAGCGAUGAUAUACGCAACAUGGAGGAUGCGGAAGCUGCUCCACUAUGCACUCAAAGUUGGGCAUCUCAUAUAGUUUUGCCACCUUUCUAUUGCCCCGAGCAAGUGGGCCUCUUUGAUCCCCAUACCAAGGAUGGUAGAACCAUUUUUUUCUUACCCUGGCAAGGACACACUUUAGUGGGAACCACCGAAGAGAUGCGAGAUCCACAUGCAUUGCCACAAUCCACGGAGCUGGAGGUGCAACUUCUCUUGGAGGGCAUUAAAAGCUAUGUGAAUCCUCACUACUGGGAUGUCCGCAGAUGUGAUGUCCUGGCCGCCUGGGGUGGCUUUAAGCCGCUGCCCGUUGAAUCGGAUUUGCUGCGGCAGACGCAAUUGAGAAAUCAUGUCAUUAAUCUGGGAGCUGGUCAAAUGAUCUCCAUUGUGGGUGGCACUUGGACCUCGUUCCGAUUGCUGGCCGAGAAGGCGGUAAAUGCCGCCAUUCAAUAUGGUGAUCUGCAACCACUGAGACCUCAAUCCGUGACUGGUUUGUCGUGUAAGUUGGAUGGCGCCUCCGGCUGGUCGCCCAAGAUGUUUAUACGUCUCGUCCAGGACUUUGGUUUGGAGCGUGAUGUGGCCGUGCAUUUGGCCAACACCUACGGCUCGAAUGCCUUCAAAGUGGCCGUCAAUGCGGACAGCAGUGGCAAAUCUUGGCCCAUCAUUGGCAAACGGCUGCACACGGAGUUUCCCUACAUCGAGGCAGAAGUCAAUCAGGGCAUACGGGAACAUGCCUGCACUCUGACCGACAUGAUUGCUCGUCGCCUGCGUGUGGCCUUCCUGAAUGUUCAGGUGGCCGAAGAGAUUCUACCCAAAGUGGCUGAGAUUAUGGCUGCGGAGCUGAAAUGGUCACCCAGACAAAGGAAUCAACAGAUUCAGGAUGCACGUCGUUUCCUCUACACUCAAAUGGGUCAAUUGAAUACCGAAGAUUCGCCCCAUCUAACGAUUCCCAUUAAAAUGUCCAUAAAGCAAGUGGAGAAAUACGCCGGACAAUUUCGUCAACUCGACUUGAGCAAUACGGGUUAUGUUUCCAUUUCGAACUGUUGCAAGGCCAUGAAAUCCAUGGGUCUGAAGGAAGUGCCCAUCGAUCUGAUGCAUGAUGUUCUCCGUGAUAUUGAUUGUCAUGCCCAGGGCAAGGUAAAUCUAUACGAAUUCCUUCUCCUGAUGUCUGCCGUAGUUCAUGGCGAUACGGCGUACUUGAGAUAUGCCAAAAUGCACACCAAUGAAAAGUUGUCGGUGCUGGCCAAUCAAAAUGGUUCACGUUUUGUUAAAAUGGAAAGAUCUGGCGGUGGUCUCUAACUGGCUGAAAUGUCCUUUUGUUUUUUAGUAUCCUCUCUCACUAAUUACCUAAUAAUAAACUUAUCCAGAGGGGUGAGAGUAUUCUGUUUUAAA